GCUUGGAGGACUGCUCCGCGAGCGAUGCCGGCCGCCGCGCAGGGAGCCGUGUUGGGCGCCGAGGCGCUGGAGUCGGUCGGCACGACCCUGCUGGACGCGUCCAAGCCGCUGCGGGAGCGCUUCCGGGCGCUUUUCACCCUACGCAACGUCGGGGGGCCCGAGGCCAUCGACUGGAUCUCCAGGGGCUUCGGGGACGGGUCGGCGCUGCUCAAGCACGAGUUGGCCUACUGUCUGGGGCAGCUCCAGGACCCGCGGGCCCUGCCCGUGCUCAGCCACGUGCUGCAGGACCCCGGCCAGGAGCCCAUGGUCAGGCAUGAAGCCGGUGAAGCUUUGGGAGCCAUAGGAAAACCUGAAGUCCUUGAAUUAUUGCAGCAAUACUCACAUGAUCCAGUAGUAGAGGUCGCUGAGACUUGCCAGCUGGCAGUAAAGCGCAUUGAAUGGCUUCAGAACAACAAAGAGCAAACUGGAAACCCAUAUCACUCUGUGGACCCUGCUCCCCCAGCCCAAGAAAAAGAUAUUAAAAAGUUGAGGGACAUUCUCCUGGACGAAUCUGUUCCUUUGUUUGACCGAUACAGAGCUAUCUUUGCUCUGCGAAAUAUUGGAAGUGAAGAAGCAGUUCUGGCUUUAGGCGAAGGCUUACAGUGUGGCAGUGCUUUGUUCCGACACGAAAUUGGCUACGUCUUCGGUCAGAUGCAACACGAAGCCAGCGUUCCCCAACUUAUCGAAGCGUUGAAAAAACUGGAUGAAAGUCCCAUGGUCCGACACGAAUGUGCAGAGGCUCUGGGAUCAAUUGCCAAGGAGCCGUGCAUUCAGGUGUUGAAAGAAUAUCUGCAGGACGGAGAGCGUGUGGUGAAAGAGAGCUGUGAGGUGGCAUUGGACAUGUUGGAGUACGAGAACAAUCAGGAGUUCCAGUAUGCAGAUGGAUUGGUUAAAUGGAACAAAAAUAAUUUGUAGGAAGAUGUACACCUCUUUUGUUCACCUACUGAAAAACCAUCUUCCAAUAAAAGAUGAAGAGGACUAGACUUUGUAAAUACAGUAAACCCUGAGACUGUAACUUGCUGUACAAAGCUGUGUGUAUCACCAGUGCCACAUGUUCUUCCUGUAGUCUUCCGUCUUAAACGUUCAAGAAUGUGUGUUACCCAAUGCUUAAUCUGAAAGGUUCAUAGUUUGCCGACAAGUGGAUGGGAUGCAUGGAAUUCCCAGAUACUCUUAAACAUGGUGAUGGGUUUCCACAUGUGUCAGCCACCCAGUUACCCCCCGAAAAUACAGUUACUAUAUAGAAUAUUCUGCGAAGCACUUUGAGACAUAUCGACGUGAUCAGAUUCUAAAUCAAACGGAAAGGCUUAUAAACACACAUUUGUGUUCAAAAUGCUUUCUGCCACCUGACUGACCUACAUUUGUUUUAAGUUAAAUUUUGCUGGCUGUAGGAAAACAUAUCCCAAGAAUCCAAGCCCCUGUUUACACUUGAUCACCAAGAAACAAUAGAUCCAUUUGAUUUCAUAACGCGACCUAUUUUGAACUAUGCCACUUAAAAAUAAACAUCUCCGAGCAA